CUCACCCAAGCAGGCACACCGAGGAGCCACCUGAGCUUAAACCUCUCCAGCUCGAAGAUAUCGCAACGUGCCGUCUCCAUGGAGGCGGCUACUCUGACGAUAGGCUCCCGGCGCCUGGCCUCCGCCGCCGCUCCGGCUGGGAAUGGCGCCCGCCGUGGCGCAGCGGCCGCAACCGCGCAGCGUCCCGGAGCAAAGCUCCCGCGGCGUGCGUGGCGGCUCCGCGCGCUGCCGCCGGAGCUGAGCGAGAUCCUCGCGCCCAAGCUGGUGCCCGGCUCGCCGGCCGACACCGGCGACGUCUCCUCGCUCAUCCCGAUCAGUGCCGUCAUGCUGCUCUUCUACUUCGUGUCCAACUGGGUGUUCCCGGCGGUGGUCAUGCGGGGGAUGCAGCCCAACGCCGAGGACGAAGCCGCCGCUGCAGAAGCAGAAUCCAUGGGGUCGUCGUCGCAGCCGCAGCCAGGGGAUGCCGUCGGCGGUAAGAUCCGGCGCAAGGUCAAGAGGAAGAAGAACAGAAAAGCCGUCACGGAAGGGUAACUCGCUUAUGCAUGUCGUCAGAAAGGCCUUGUCAGAAAUUCAGAAUAGACUCCUCUUGUUGCUCUGACAGUAAUAUCAAAAAGAUCAGGACAGCAGAGUUUUUUUUUUGUCCUCCAAGAGAAGAACAGACUGAUAAUCUCUGUGAUCAGAAAUAUCGGUGCUUAUUUUUUGCAUCUCAUAUUACUAUAUUAGUAGUAGUAGUCUAGUAUACCACCAAACAUAUAUUGGUCGUGUAAAUGGUGGUGAACAUUUCUGGGGGGAAUUGUCAGGAUGUGACAAGAACUUUCUGAAUCCAGGUUUAGCUAGCUGCAGAAACGAAUAUAAACAGAA